GAGAGACAGACAGACAGGGAAAGUUAAUAAAGUUUGCUGUCAAAUGUGACAUGAAGAUUUAGCAGAAAUGUGGGAAAAGGACUGAUUAGAUUCUUUUAUUUAUUAGAGGAUAUUCGUGGAUUUAUUUUUCUCCUCACUUUUAUUUUUAACUCAUAUUUUCCUGCAGAAUAUUUAUGCUUUUUGUGAAUUUUCUCCAGAGCUUCCACCUUAGAAAGUAAGAAAGUGAGUGUGUUUUUUACGUGUGCAUGAUAUAGUAAACCAUGGAGCUGGAGCGUUUAGGAGGUGGCGGGGUUAAACCCGAGAAGGACAACAGUCGUCUCUACAGGAUAGCCCUGGCCAUGUGCGUGUGUCUCUGUGCCGCUCUGCUGCUUGCACUCAUACUGGUCUCUCAAAAAUCAAAUCAGCAGGAGUUUUGUCUGACACCGGAGUGCAUUGAAGCAGCGGGGUCAGUCCUGAGUAAAAUAGAUAAAUCUGUGGACCCCUGUGAUGACUUUUAUACUUUCUCCUGUGGUGGUUGGUUGAAGGAGAACCCAAUCCCUGAAGAUUCCUCCUCAUACGGCAUCUAUCCUUGGCUACGGCAGCAUGUAGAUAUUCGACUCAAAGAGUUAUUAGAAGCUCCUUCAGAACCUGAUGAACUGGACGCAGUGACCAAAGCUAAGAUCCUCUACCGCUCCUGUAUGAAUGAAACCAUACUGGAGCAGAUGGAUUCCAAACCGAUGCUGAAAACUCUCAAACAGCCUGAGUUCCGGUGGCCUGUUGUGGGGGACGGACUCGGGGGGGACUAUCAGUGGUCAGAGAGGCAGUGGAGCCUCCUGAAGACCCUCGCUGAGAUGAGGAACCAGCACAGUAAGAGCGUCCUGAUUCGCCUCUAUGUCUCCCCUGAUGACAAAAACUCCUCACACUACAUCAUCAAGCUCGAUCAGGCAUCCUUGUCUCUGCCCUCCAGGGAAGACUACAUCACCAACACAUCCUCUGCACGAGCCUAUCGUGCAGCCCUGCUGAGUCUGAUGGUAGAUACAGCUGUCAUGCUGGGCGCUACAGAGAAAGCAGCGCUGACCCAGAUGGAAAAGGCCCUCGCCUUCGAGACCAAACUGGCUCAUAUCAUAAUUCCCUAUGAAAACCGAACCAGUGAAACCAUGUACAACAGAUAUUCACUCUCUCGUCUGCAGCGGACGAUACCACAGUUGGAUUGGUUGGCUUUUGUCAAAGCUGUGGUGGAGACUAAAGCCGACCCGUCUCGGUCCAUCUCGUCCUCUGAGCCCGUCAUCGUCCGAGCUCCGCAGUACUUCAAGGAUCUUGUCAAGCUCAUUAACUCCACAGAUCCCAGGACUGUGGCGAACUACGUGCAGUGGAGGACAGUAUUUUCCAGGAUCACUACUCUGAGUCGUCGUUUUCUUUACAGAUACCUCGACUACGCUCGGGUAACCACAGGAACCACGUCUCUCACCCCUCGCUGGGAUAAGUGUGUUAACUAUGUGGAGAACUCUCUUGUUUACGCCACUGGGCGCCUCUUUGUCAACACUCACUUCCAGGAGGACAAGAAGCACAUGAUGGAGGAGCUGAUCGACGGCAUUCGUUGGGCCUUCAUCGACAUGCUGAAGAAAGAGAACGACUGGAUGGACGCACCGACCAAGGAGAGAGCCAUAGACAAGGCUCAUGCAGUCCUGGCUAAGGUCGGCUAUCCCGAGUUCAUCCUAAACGACACCUACCUCAAUGAAGACAUAAAACAGCUAGAGUUCAACGAGAAGGACUACUACGGCAACGUGAUGCAGACGUUGAAGUUCAUCGCCCAGUCAGAUCUGGCCUGGCUCAGAAAGAGCGUCCCACGUACAGAGUGGUUUACCAACCCAACAACAGUGAACGCCUUCUACAGCUCCUCCACCAACCAAAUCAGAUUCCCUGCAGGAGAGCUUCAAAAACCCUUCUUUUGGGGAGGAGAGUACCCAAGGUCUUUGAGUUAUGGUGCCAUCGGGGUGAUUGUCGGACAUGAGUUGACUCACGGCUUUGACAACAACGGUCGGAAGUACGACAAAAAUGGCAACCUCGACCAAUGGUGGAGCAACUCCUCAGUAACAGCCUUCAAUGAGAAGAACCAGUGUAUGAUCGACCAGUACAACGGUUACCACUGGGAGGAGGCAGGCCUCAAUGUACGUGGAAAAAGGACUCUGGCAGAAAAUAUAGCAGAUAAUGGAGGAAUAAGAGAAGCAUUCAGGGCGUACAGGCGGUGGGUGGAUGAGAGCAGAGGUGGUGUGGAGGAGCCUCUGCUGCCAGGAGUCGGACUGAACAACAACCAACUGUUCUUCCUCAGCUACGCACACGUAAGAUGUAACUCGUACAGACCAGAAGCAGCCAGAGACCAGAUCCAGAGUGGAGCUCACAGUCCACCGAAGUACAGAGUAAUUGGAGCGAUGAGUAACUAUGAGGAGUUUCGGAAAGCCUUCAGCUGCUCCGAGUCGACGGCAAUGAACCGUGGAGCAAAGACGUGCCGGGUGUGGUGACCUCAGCUUGAUCCUGAACCUGGACGACCUGGGUCGUCUGCUGCAGGACGUCCGCCAAAGGGCUGAUGAUGCUGCUGGUGUAGGCCAACAGAGUUUACAUGGUGUGGGAACGACGAAGCAGAAAAGUUCUCACAUAAAAAUAAUACAGCCCAGCAUAUGAGCGUGACAAGGGGAAACUUUAAAGAUGGACGCCGUUUUUAAUGGACUAUUGUUUACUUUUACUGUUACAGAUCUUUUUCCACUGCACAUGUUUCAGCUACUGCAUAAAUUAUGACUGAAGCCAAAUGUUGAGGACCAUAAUUUAUGGGUUAGAGCUUUAUAUCUACUGUAAGUGUGACUUGAUGAAGCUACA